GAUUCUGCGAUUACAGCGCCCUGCCUUUUCCACGGAACGAAAAGCCCCGAUUUUAAAACAAAAGCGCACAUGUUUAUGAUAUGGCCGUUUCGUCUCAUUCCCGUUGAGGGCACUAGCAAUCCUCUACGUGCUGGCCGGGAGUGGGUUCGCCUGUGUGCGUACCCGACAAGAUCAUGGAAGCCAUGGCAAAGCACGAUUUUCAGGCAACUGCAGCUGAUGAACUUAGCUUUAAGCAGGGAGCCGUCAUUAAGGUUCUGAGUAAAGAUGAGGAUGAAAACUGGUAUAGGGCAGAAGUAGACGGUCGUGAAGGUUUCGUUCCCAGGAACUACAUUGAAAUGAAAUCUCAUGACUGGUAUUUCGGCAAGAUGAGUCGCGCCGAUGCUGCCAAAGUUCUCGGCCAGCAGGUGAUGGAAGGCAUUUUUCUCAUCCGCGAUAGCGAGAGUACGCCAGGAGAUUUCUCUCUCUCCGUAAGGUGCCCUGACGGAGUGCAGCACUUUAAGAUACUGCGUGAUUCCGUCGGCAAGUACUUCCUCUGGGUUGUCAAGUUCAAUACUCUGAAUGAGCUGGUGGAGUAUCAUAGAACAUCGUCUGUGAGUCGAACGCAGACGAUCCUGCUCAAGGACAUGGUGGAGCUACCGAAGGCAGAUGCGAAUUUCGACUUUGACGCUCAAGAGCAAGAUGAGAUGAGUUUCAAGAAGGGCGAGGUCAUCAGUGUGACAGAUAGGUCCGAUCACAACUGGUGGAGAGGAUACAUAGGUUCACAGGAGAGACACGGCCUCUUUCCGAGUAACUACGUCUCCUGGUUCGGCUAGCCACACUCACAGAUCUCUCUUGUAUAUCCAGCGAUGGCAGCGGGGAUGGCUUUGCCAUCUUACGAUCGACACGCAUGCCGGGAGCCAGCGCGCGUCACGGAUUGCGAUCGUCCGAACAGAACACAUUCCGUGAGUUGUACUACCGUUGGUACUGCGACGGCAGCGGCAGCAGCGGCGAAGGCACUCAAACUCGAGAUCAGGCGAAUCUUGCGGCGACGCGAGUGUCACUCGUGCGUGCUUCGCGACACGACGCUGACCCGACCUCUUGUGUUUUCUCCCAAAGCUGCGCGAGUUACUCAUUCCGGCCUGCUCCGACGUAGGCUCACACACACACACACACCCGCUCUGCUUCAGGAGGAAAAUAGCAGUUCUUGGGUAGAUAUCGUAUCUCAAGCAGCACAUUGAGCGAUCUCCUUCGAGGUGAAUGCGAGCUCGUAAGCUCUUGUCAAGUUUAAGAGUAUGAUGACACUUGAGAUCACAAGUCAUUAUUAUACAUGCUAUCUCCACCCUGAGAGGGAGGUUAGUACUCCCAUCAGUGAAUAGUAUAUUUUGGUUGUCAUUUCUGAUGAUGAGAUGAAGACCUAAGCAAGGAUAGUGCUGUCGUCAUUGUGGUUAUUGUCCAUUGUGUGUGAUAUCUCAAGAAACGAAUAAGCUAUACAGGGAACUAGAAUAUGAGAUAUAGGUUAUUUAAAGGGACAAUGUAUACGUUUGCCUUCCCAAUUUUCUAAUGCAGUCACACUCCCCAAAAAUUCUAUUGAGUUUACAAUUACAAGCAUACAAAAGCAACCUGGCUUGACUACAGUCUGUACCUCGGAUUCACGGACUAAUGUGGACAUGAUAUUAAGUCAUGCCAUAUAAACCUGUGUUAAAAUUGAGGCAGCAUGCGAUAUCAUGGGGCAAAUGGUGACCCUGCAAUGUGAACAGGCGAUGGUAUGUGGUAUGCCCCUAUGUUAAAGGAAAUAUACAUUCAAAAAUGAAUGUUGAAAGGUCACCGUGUCAUGCGUCAAUUUUCAUUCUUUCUUUCAGGAAAUGCCAAGUCGUUCACAGUGUGCUCAUUGUUGACUUUAUCUAGCACUACUUAGUUAUUAUACCUAUUAUAGGUUGCCAUGUUGCCUGCAUAGUAAUUUCUUUGUGGGAACAGCUACUCAUGGUUUAGACUGUGUCUCCAUAUCAAACAGCAUUGCUUGGGAAAUUUUAUCAUUUGUUUUGUUGGACAUGUAUAUUUAACUAUAUACCAACGCAGGCAUAGUAGCAGGUAAUGUGCAUGCACACGUGCAGUUUAUAAAAUACAACUUUGACUUGUACGUCAUACUAAAUGACAUAAUUACUGAUAAUAGUUGUAGUAUCAAAAUACCAUCAAGUGGACAGGCCUUGGUAGUAUUACCCUGGUAGCUCCGAAAUAAGGAAGUUGAUUAAAAAGGGUUGGGGGGGGGGACAGUAUCGAAAGUUACAGAUUAUUAAUGUAAGACUUCAUCAGGACAAGCAAUCUUGUUUUUUGUUUAUGCCAGAUAUCAGUCUGUCUGCUAUAAUAUUACCAAUGUCAAUGCCUAUCUGUAUUUUUUUUGUUUUUUUGAUAAUUUUUGAAUGGUUGUCCUAUUUUCACUGGUAUAACUACAUCUACCUAACCCAUAUCAGGACUGCUUAUUUGGUAUUUGUAGCUAAAGUAUUCAAUUAUGUAUUGCUAAUGCAGUCAUCAUCAAGAUAUCAUACAAGUAUAGCUUAUUCCACUGAUGUUAUACUACUUGUUUUUACUUGGUUGUAACAUACUAUUUAGUGAGCCCUUCAAGAAUAUGUCAUUGAUAUUGAAACAAGUUGCUGUUUGCCUGCAAUGAGUAUUCUUACUUGUCAGUGUUUUCAAAGAACAACGUUGAUAAAUUUUUUACGAGGUAUAGUACAUAUGCUCUGCCAUAUUGUGUAACGUGGUGUUUGGCAAAUUAGGCCCACAAGAUAAUGAUAAAUUGGACGCAUUCAUGUUCCUGCCGUUCAAUGAGUGCCUAUACAAAUUGAAUGGUCCUUAUUAACCCUCUGAGAACCAACAUGGUUUACAUGGUAUUGGAAGUUGUUAGGGAAAAGGUUUAGUCGUUUGCACAAGAUCUAUAUUUAUUAGUUGGUACUUUUUGAGUUUUUCGGGGGGAAAACUGCCAUUUUGGAAUGUCUCAUGUACUAUAAAAUGAUAACGUGAACCUAUGUAUGUACAUGUGCACACGUACGUAAGUUCAUGACGUCAAAGAUAAGAUGAUGAUAUGUAAUGUAAACUCAGUUGCUAGCAUGGUGGUAGAUAUACAUAUAUAGUUUAUGUUUGAUGUACAUAUAUUUGUUUAAGUUGUCGAGAUUUGUAGUUUUUUCAAGCAUGAUGCUUGUACGUAAUAUAUGAUCCCAGUGUAACUAUUUUUUCUGCAAUAGCAGUAUUUAUUUUACCAUGACUACUAGCUCUGUUACUUUAUAAAACUGUCAAAAUGUGUCAUCUUGAAUGCAACAUUACAUUACAUAGCGGAUGUCACAUUUAAAUACAGUUUAUUUCUGUGUAAUAAUACAGUUACGAGUGUACUGUAUUAUCCCUUCAUACCAGCCUAAUUGUAUUUGUAUAACAGUACACAUCUUGCCCUCCCACUCUCCUAGUUUUUAGUGAUUGAUGAGCUAAACAUAUUUGUAUUCAUGUUGUAAGACAUGGACAAAUCAGCAGAGUUUUUGCCCUAUAGCUCCAUUAUAACUAGAAUAUGCACAAUUAAGCAUAGUUUGACAUUAUUUGCAAAUACUUGGCAUGGUAAGUAGAGAUGAUAUAGUACUCAAUAAUGGGUUGGUUACUAUAGUCACCGUGGUUAUCACAUGCAUUUACUUGUCCUUUGUCACCCGUGACAGAAAAUUACGCUUUAUUAGCAAUUUUCUUCUUUUUUAUAUGAUCUUAUUUCUUGGUUUUACAACACCAAAUGGUUUUUUAAUCUUAUUGCUUGUUUCAGAUGAUUUAUGUUCUCAUAAAUAUUAUAUAUACACAUGUAUGAAUAUGUUCAUCAUACCAGUGUAAUUCCGAGGACGUGGAAUUGUUUUCAGUUCUUCUUCCGAACAUACUGAUAAGAAUUACUAGCCUAUUACUUCCAGGAUUAAUAGAACAGCAGCAAGAAAUUUUUCUAAUUAAUCGAUACAUUUUGAAUCAUGUGACAACUUAUUUAUUUAAAAAAUCUAAAUGAAUUAUAGGGUAACACUUGAAAAGGACAGGCAUGAGGACAAUAUCAUUUGAUUUGAUUUGCUAUCACAUUGUUUUGUGCCACUGGUCUUCUGUAUUUAAUGAUGAAAGAUUUUUCCAUGUAUCAGUACCUAGGCACACUUGAUAAAUUACUUGGCAUUUGUGCAAUUUUUUUUUUAUGCGUUUGCUUUGACGUCUAAUUGUGAAAGGCAUUGCUUCGGUUUAGUAAAACAAAAUAAUGUAAAUAUAUUCUUGGGGAAAAUAUGGCAUAGAAAUCCAUCUAUACGGUAUUAUCCCAACAUCAUGAAACUCAGUUGUGGCUCAGACGUGAAUAUUAGUCAAGUGUCAAGCCUGUAGACUGUUACUCAGUGAUCUGUAAUCAGCAGUGCAGCAAAGGACUAUCUGAUCAAGUGUUGCUGACUGAAUCAUACAUAUUGUAUAAUGUGUGACUUUUGUGAAGCAUUUUGUGAAAUAUAUGUGAAAUUAUGUUAUUAGAAA